AAUCCUCUCGGAAAGGUAUUCCGAUAAGGCACCGGCGUCGUCUUAUUAAGGGAGCGCCCGCCCUUAGGUCAGCGGGAACUUAUCAAGGAACGGUCGCACGCAGCCAACGUACCUACGUAUCGAAAGAUGGGCGUCUCGACGACAGACGCGGUAGAAAUCGAACACGCGGGUCCCUCGCAGGGGCAACAAGGAGGCAGAGAUGGCGGCGAUAGUAAGGAUAUCGUGGCCUCGUUCCUCGCCAAGCACGGGCAGGGCCAGAGGAUCGAGGUCACGCUGGCCGACUCCGCGCGUGUGCUACGACGCAUCGACCUCGUCAUCCUGCCCAUCAUGUUGACGGUCUACUUCCUCCAGGCGCUAGACAAGUCGUGUCUGGCGUAUGCGUCGGUUUUCGGGCUGAUCGCCGACACGGGGCUCGUCGGCGACGAAUACUCCUGGCUGGGAAGUAUCGUUUACUUGGCGCAGUUGGUGAUGCAGCCGUUGCUGGCCUGGCUGUUGGUUCGCUUGCCCAUCGCUAAGUUCACCAGUACUAUGGUGUUGUUCUGGGGCGUCUCUCUUGCCUGCAUGGCGGCUGCGCAUAACUUCGGUGGUUUGCUGGCCACGCGAUUCUUCCUGGGUGUUUUCGAGGCGAGCGUUGCGCCUAGCUUCGUUGCCAUCACACAAAUGUGGUGGAGGAGACGGGAGCAGACUGUGAGGACCAGUUACUGGUACGCUAUGAACGGAAUAACGAACAUGUUCGGCAGCUUGAUCACCUACGGCUUGGGACAUGUAACAUCGCACCUUCAUUCCUACCAGAUAAUAUUCAUGUUUUUCGGAUUGAUUACUGUCGCUUUCAGCUUCGUCAUGUUUGCCUUUAUGCCUGACUCACCCGUAGAAGCAAAAUUUCUGGAUGACAACGACAAGCUGAUUGCCGUCGAACGAUUGCGCAUGAACCAGAUGGGUGUUGUCUCACGCGAGUGGCGAAACGACCAUCUCAAGGAGGCCUUACUUGAUCCCAAAUCCUGGUUUUGGUUCGCCCUCAUGUUCUCUAUCAGCAUCCCGUCAGGAGGUAUCUCUACCUUCGGACCGCUGAUCGUGAAGACAUUCGGGUUUGACCAAUUUACGACCAUCCUUUUCAACAUUCCCUUUGGAUUCGUGCAACUCGUCGCUACUGUAGGCGGAGCUUUCCUCGCCCAAAAGAUCAAGAUGAAGGGCCCUGUCAUCAUGGGGCUCUGUCUACCCCCCAUAGCGGGCUGUGUGAUGCUCAUGGUGCUUCCCCGGGACACUUCGCACCAGGGGGCUCUUCUAGCUGGAUAUUACCUUAUUUCGGUUUAUCCAGGAAUAACCCCAAUGAUCUACUCAUUGGCGUCGCAGAAUACCGCCGGCGACACCAAGAAAAAGUGCACCAACGCCAUCCUCUUCAUCGGCCAGUCCAUAGGCAAUGUCGUCGGUCCGCAACUAUACACGCAAAAGGACGCGCCGGGAUAUGAAAGGGGUCUUAGAUCGAAUUUGGCGCUCUAUAUCGCGAUCAUCGUUAUAUGCGGAAUCGCGCUUGCGCACCUCAAAUACCUAAACGCGAGCCACGCGAAGAGACGAGUGGCGAUGGGCAAGCCCGCCGUCAUCGUUGACACCAGCUUGGACUCUGCGGAGGAGGUAGCAGCAGCAGCCGCCGCCGCAGCGCAGAAGAAGUCCGUGGGCGAGAACGGGGUUGGAGACGCCAAGAAUGCGGACGAGGCCGUCGCUUCAGCCGAUGAUGCAGAAAGACCCGGCGACAGAGCGUUCGACAACUUGACUGACCUCGAGAAUGAAGAUUUCGUUUUUGUUUACUAAGUUUAUCACGUCUUUUUCCUCUGUUGAGGUGUCACUGGGAGGUACAUUUGGCGAUUAUUAGUGGAAUGGAUGAUUGUAGCAUAUAUCUGAUAAAAUCAUGUAACAUAUUGCUUUAGGAUCGAUUUAAAACAAUAUACUCACUU